GAAGUGACUGUACCCAGAGGCUGGUAGUGCCCAGGGGUGGAGUGAUAAUUAUUUCUCUAGUACCUGAAGGACUCUUGUCCCAAAGGCAUGAAUUCCUAGCAUUCCCUGUGAAAAGACGACUGAAAGAUGGGGGCUGGAGAGAGGGUGCAGGCCCCACCUAGGGCGGAGGCCACAGCAGGGAGAGGGACAGACAGAGCCAGGAGCCUGGAAGGAAGCAGGAUGGCAGCCGGAACAGCGGUUGGAGCCUGGGUGCUGGUCCUCAGUCUGUGGGGGGCAGUAGUAGGUGCUCAAAACAUCACAGCCCGGAUCGGCGAGCCACUGGUGCUGAAGUGUAAGGGGGCCCCCAAGAAACCACCCCAGCAGCUGGAAUGGAAACUGAACACAGGCCGGACAGAAGCUUGGAAGGUCCUGUCUCCCCAGGGAGGAGGCCCCUGGGAUAGUGUGGCUCGUGUCCUUCCCAACGGCUCCCUCUUCCUUCCGGCUGUCGGGAUCCAGGAUGAGGGGAUUUUCCGGUGCCAGGCAAUGAACAGGAAUGGAAAGGAGACCAAGUCCAACUACCGAGUCCGUGUCUACCAGAUUCCUGGGAAGCCAAAAAUUGUAGAUUCUGCCUCUGAACUCACGGCUGGUGUUCCCAAUAAGGUGGGGACAUGUGUGUCAGAGGGAAGCUACCCUGCAGGGACUCUUAGCUGGCACUUGGAUGGGAAGUCCCUGGUGCCUAAUGAGAAGGGAGUAUCUGUGAAGGAACAGACCAGGAGACACCCUGAGACAGGGCUCUUCACACUGCAUUCGGAGCUAAUGGUGACCCCAGCCCGGGGAGGAGAUCCCCAUCCCACCUUCUCCUGUAGCUUCAGCCCAGGCCUUCCCCGACGCCGGGCCUUGCACACAGCCCCCAUCCAGCCCCGUGUCUGGGAGCCUGUGCCUCUGGAGGAGGUCCAAUUGGUGGUGGAGCCAGAAGGUGGAGCAGUAGCUCCUGGUGGAACCGUAACCCUGACCUGUGAGGUCCCUGCCCAGCCCUCUCCUCAAAUUAACUGGAUGAAGGAUGGUGUGCCCUUGCCCCUUCCCCCCAGCCCUGUGCUGAUCCUCCCUGAGAUAGGGCCUCAGGACCAGGGAACCUACAGCUGUGUGGCCACCCAUCCCAGCCACGGGCCCCAGGAAAGCCGUGCUGUCAGCAUCAGCAUCAUCGAACCAGGCGAGGAGGGGCCAACUGCAGGCUCUGUGGGAGGAUCAGGGCUAGGAACUCUAGCCCUGGCCCUGGGGAUCCUGGGAGGCCUGGGGACAGCCGCCCUGCUCAUUGGGGUCAUCUUGUGGCAAAGGCGGCGACGCCAAGGAGAGGAGAGGAAGGCCCCAGAAAACCAGGAGGAAGAGGAGGAGCGUGCAGAACUGAAUCAGUCGGAGGAACCUGAGGCAGGCGAGAGUAGUACUGGAGGGCCUUGAGGGGCCCACAGACAGAUCCCAUCCAUCAGCUCCCUUUUCUUUUUCCCUUGAACUGUUCUGGCCCCAGACCAAUUCUCUCCUGUAUAAUCUCUCUCCUGUGUAACCCCACCUUGCCAAGCUUUCUUCUACAACCAGAGCCCCCCACAAUGAUGAUUAAACACCUGACACAUCUUG